UUUUUUUUUUUUUUUUCAUUAUUAUUAAUUUUCAUUUUGAAAUUGAGUUUUGGGUUUCUGUCCUUCUCUGCCUCUCUCUCAAGGAGCUUUUUACUUCGGCGGGAUAUAUGGCCAUGGCGGUACCGUUGUAGGUGGAGGAAAGCGAAGUGUUUAUCGACGUCGUCUCCGUCGUCUCCGUCUCUUGAACUCUGGCCGACGCUUGAAACUUCGAAUUUCUUGUCUCAAAUACUUGACGUUGCUUGGUGCUGGGAGCGGUGGUAGAAGAGUAGGUGGAGUUUGCUUUUUGAGAUCUAAGAUGUUGCAGUGGAGAUCGUCGGUUCUUGGAAGUAGUUGAUGAAGCAGUGUCACUAAUUAUUGCGCUAUUCUCGGAUUCAAAUUUUUUGGGAAUGUGCGCAGUGGAAUGCCGCUGUUGCAAUUUCAAUUUCUAGGUUUUCUUCGCGCUCUGAUGCAAUUGUGGACCUAAAUUCUUUCUUAUACAUGCCAUGACUACCAAACGGGCGUACAAGCUACAAGAAUUUGUGGCUCAUUCUUCCGCUGUGAAUUGCCUGAAGAUUGGGAGGAAGUCAUCUCGUGUUCUUGUCACAGGGGGUGAAGAUUUCAAAGUCAAUCUCUGGGCUAUCGGUAAACCCAACGCCAUACUGAGUUUGACUGGCCAUACGAGUGGAAUAGAUUCUGUAAGCUUUGACUCAUCAGAAGUAUUGGUAGCUGCAGGGGCUGCUAGUGGCACAAUUAAGCUUUGGGAUUUGGAGGAGGCUAAAAUUGUUCGAACACUUACUGGUCAUAGAUCCAAUUGCAUUUCUGUGGAUUUUCAUCCCUUUGGGGAAUUCUUUGCUUCUGGAUCCUUGGAUACAAAUCUUAAGAUAUGGGAUAUCAGGAAGAAAGGAUGUAUCCACACAUACAAAGGUCACACUCGAGGGGUCAAUGCAAUCAGAUUUACUCCAGAUGGUCGUUGGGUUGUAUCUGGUGGAGAAGACAACACGGUGAAGCUCUGGGAUCUGACUGCUGGAAAGUUGUUGCAUGAUUUCAAGUGCCACGAGGGUCAGGUUCAGUGUAUAGACUUUCACCCUCAUGAGUUUCUGCUGGCCACAGGUUCAGCAGAUAAAACCGUUAAAUUUUGGGACCUGGAAACCUUUGAGUUGAUUGGUUCAGCUGGACCUGAGACCAGUGGAGUCCGUUGUUUAACUUUUAAUCCUGAUGGGAGGACACUGCUUUGUGGAUUGCAUGAAAGUCUGAAGGUUUUCUCAUGGGAACCAAUACGAUGUCAUGAUGGAGUGGAAGUUGGUUGGUCUAGGCUGUCUGAUCUUAAUGUUCACGAGGGAAAACUUCUUGGCUGUUCAUACAAUCAGAACUGUGUUGGAGUGUGGGUUGUAGACAUUACGCGUACAGAGCCCUAUGCAAUUAAUAACGUUAACAGAUUAAAUGGUCGCUCAGAACCUAAAUCCAGCAGUAAUCUAUCACUGCAAAAUGAGAACAAUGCCAAGGCUAAUUUUGGUGGAUUAUCAGUAUCACAAACUUCUGAUCCACUAUUGAAGGAAACUAAAACAUUGGGAAGAUUGUCAGUUUCUCAAAAUGCCGAUGUCAAGGAUCCAAAACCGUUGUCAUCCACAGGAAAUGGGCCAAGUACUCCCCAAAGGGUCAGUUCAAAUGCUGGCCCAAAGGCUAAUUCGGUUAGCUCGGUGGCAGUACCUAAUGCAGUGGUACCAAAGAGAAACUCUGUGAAGGCCACUUCAACAUUCAACAACCCUAUCUUCAAUAAAUCAGAUGUGAUACCUGUAAUUGUACCCAGGACAAAUUCAAGGCAUGAGCAGGAUGAAUCUAGAAAGGAUUUUGAUGUUGCUGGAAGGGCAAUGCCACUACCCAGGACAAAUUCAAGGCAUGAGCAGGAUGAUUCUAGAAAGGAUUUUGAUGUUGCUGGAAGAGCAAUGCCACUACCCAGGACAAAUUCAAGACAUGAGCAGGAUGAUUCUAGAAAGGAAUUGGAUGUUGCUGGAAGAACAAUGCCACUUCCCAGGACAAAUUCAAGGCAUGAGCAGGAUGAUUCUAGAAAGGAAUUGGAUGUUGCUGGAAGGGCAAUGCCACUUACAAGGACAAAUUCAAGGCAUGAGCAGGAUGAUUCUAGAAAGGAAUUUGAUGUUGCUGGAAGAGCAAUGCCACUACCCAGGACAAAUUCAAGACAUGAGCAGGAUGAUUCUAGAAAGGAAUUGGAUGUUGCUGGAAGAACAAUGCCACUUCCCAGGACAAAUUCAAGGCAUGAGCAGGAUGAUUCUAGAAAGGAAUUGGAUGUUGCUGGAAGGGCAAUGCCACUUACAAGGACAAAUUCAAGGCAUGAGCAGGAUGAUUCUAGAAAGGAACUUGAUGUUGCUGGAAGAGCAGUUCCAGCACCAUUGCUAUCAAAAACUACUGAUACUAAUAGGAGGUUUCCAAGUGGUAGAGAUGAAGUUGAUAAUUCAACUAUCUCUAUCCUUUCUGAAUCCAGAGGUUUGAAGGCUGCUGAUAUGAGCAACAUUGCAGAUAAUAGGAAUUCCUUGCAUGGUAUUGGUUCAAUUCAAGGAGUAUCUGCUCCACAGAAGAUUGUAAAAGAAGAAAGACAUAUUGGAUCUGGUAAGAAUGAAACAGAAACAAAAGAGUCAACGGCAAGCUACAAACACGAAGAUGAAUCUCAAGGGCAUAAAAUAAGCAGAGAUGGAGCUUUUCCAGAAGCUACAAGAGGAGGGAGAAUGCGUUCUCGUGUAGAUUGGGAGAAAAGAGAAAGAGCUAAUUUUAGCCGGUCAACAUUUAAUGCCUCCCCUGGAAGAGCAGCUGCAUUGGACAGUCUUCCACUAAAUAACGGGAGAGGUUAUCGUCGAUCUCCGGAGAAGGAAACAGUAGCACCUACAAGCGAUGAGGAUAUCAUAGCAAAUGUUCUACAACAACAUGAUCAAUUCAUCAACUCGAUGCAAUCUCGUUCAGCAAAAUUGCAAGCAGUCUAUAGAUAUUGGGAAAGACAUGACAUUAAAGGGGCGGUGUCUGCGAUGGAGAAAAUGGCUGAUCAUGCAGUUGCUGCUGAUGUAAUUAGUAUUUUGACCGACAAAAUUGAAGUCAUCACUCUGGAUAUCUGCUGUUGUAUUCUGCCAGUUCUUUCUAGCCUCCUUGAAAGUGACUUGGAUAGGUUUUUGGACAUUGCUAUGGAAAUGCUUCUUAAGCUGGUGAGGACGUUCGGUUCGGUGAUUUAUUCAACGUUAUCGGCAACUUCAUCUGUCGGCGUAAAUAUUGAGGCAGAGCAAAGGUUGGAGCGAUGCAAUCUCUGCUUCAUCGAGCUUGAAAAAGUCAAGCGCUGCCUGCCAGCCCUCAUAAGAAAAAGGGGAUCGGUAGCAAAGUCAGCACAGGAGUUGAAUCUCGCACUGCAGGAAUUUCAGUGACAAAAGAAGAAUAAGGAGAGUAGAGGACUUUUAGUAUCCUCUCCGUAUGGGUUGCCUUGAGAGAGAGAGAGAGAGAGAGAGAGAGAGAGAGAGAGAGUUCCCAUAUUGAAGAUUGAAACACUCUUUCCUAUGGAACAAUCUGUUGUGAGGGUGGUGGGUAAAAGAGGUAAAACGGGAGCUCUGCUGUUCUUUGAGAGAAUGUGCCAUUUUCCCAUAGCACAUGAUCUAACCUACUUUCAUCCUCCUCCUUCGGCUUCGCCUUCAUCUUCGCCUUCAUCUUCAUCUUUGGUCGAUAGAAGUAAAAGUACGUACAGGGCAUUUUUAUUGACGACUGGCUAAUUCUGCACAUACCGAAACAGAGAAAAGCUAAUGUAGUAGGAGUUAGGAGUUUGGUUCGAGUUUGGAUUUGAAUUUGGAUUUGGAUUUGGAUGAUUUGGGUUUUGGAGAACCGUCAUCUCAUAAACCACCUCGUUUCUUAUAUAUGUGGUGAAGGAGUUGAGUGAGUCUAUUUUUCUUUCUUUCUUUCUUUCUUAUGGCUAACCUAUUUUACCCUCUCUUUUCUUUUUACCCUAAUUGUUGUACACACCAUAUCUACCUUCUUUCUAACUCCAACUUGUUUCUCAAUAUUUUAGUUGUGCUGUAUUUUCGUAUUAUGUUUAUAUAUGUCUUUGUCGACCGAGACCCUUCUUUCUUGUAAUAUCUGGCAGACAGAUCGAUCUCGUGUAUUAUGUUACACUAAUUUUGAUUAAAUCCGAAAAAUUAUCUGUU